AUGCCUAUAAAAGUGAGACAUGAACAUCGCAAGCGUACGCUACCGAUCUCGACGAUAAAUUAUGUCAGGGGCUUUCGGCAGUAUCCCAUGAACUUUUGGCUAUGCACACUUCUGUUGUUUCUCGUGGAGCUCGGUUGUGCGAUCCUUGCUGCACCUUCGCCAAUGCUUCUAGAGACAGCCGUCUGUCGGCACCAUUUUGAGAACGAAGGACAACCUCUUAAUGGAGAGCCAACAGAUGAGUUUUGCAGGAGCAAGGAGGUACAAGUGCACUUCGCGUUCGUGAUAACUGUGCUGUCAACACUGUCGACAUUGGCUGCGACGAUGAUGCAAGUUCCCAUGGGAAUGCUUGGGGACAAAGGCGGCAUUCGGCUUGCUUUCAUGCUGAAUGCCACCAGUAAUGUUCUAUACUGGGGAUGCGUAGCAAUAGUAGGUAUGGCGUCCCUUAUCGCGCUUGAAGAAGGUCUACUCAUCGUGAUAGGAUCGCAGCAUAACUUUCCACUCUGGGGCUUCUAUCUCUCGCCAGCGUUUAUACUCUUAGGAGGAGGACCAUGGGUGACUGGUACACUUGUUUUCAGUGCCGUUAGCGACAGUGUCAAGCCAGAACAAAGAACAGCGGCAUUCUCGAUUAUGGAAGCGACAUCAGGGAUCGCAGACCUUCUAGGGCCAAUUAUUGGCACAAUGACGAUGACCAUUCACCUCGGGAUUCCGUUUGCUGUCGCACUCGUGGUCUUCUCUUUGAUGUUUCUUCCAGCGAGCCAUCUUCGUGAGACUACAGUGAGCGGCAUGGAGGGCGUUGGGUCGUCGCCAGUUGAGACCGAGUCACUUCUCAGUGUCGACAGCGCUUCGGAUCGCGAAGACACUGACUUGGAGCACACCUCCAGAGACCAGCUCCCUCCACGAGCUGUCAUAUUCAGUAUAUGUUUUAUCUGCUUCUUUUUCUUCCAGGUAGCAAGGGAUUCCACGAACUAUCUAAUCCCUUGGGUAUCUCUACGCUUUGGAGAGACCAUGGCCCGGGCCGGGCUUCUGUUCUCACUACGCGCAAUCAUGUCGUCUCUUCUAUACUUUGUUAUCCUGCCGCUUGCAACUUAUUGGAUAGACCAGCAUUGGCCAAGUGCUAACAGAGAUCUUACACUCUCUGCAUCUGGUGCUCUGUGUUGUACAUUGGGCACCCUCGUUGUCGCAGCCGCACCAAACCUUGCGACAGUUGCUUUUGGAUUUGCGCUAUCGGUUCUGGGAUCAAGCAUGACCGUCACAUUGCGAUCAUUCCUUGCUUCCAAUGUGCAGAAUGCCUUUUCAGGGCGGUUGUUCGCGGUAGUCUCUAUGACGGGAACGAUUGGUAGCCUCAUUGGCACGCCCAUCAUGGGAGUUGCCUAUUCUUUGGGCAUCAACUACGAUAUUGGGCUUCCUUUCUUGGUUUCAGCACUGUCGUAUCUUCUCGUACUUGGACUCCUUGUAUGGCUUGCAUCGAAAAUCUGA